AUGGGAAUUUGCGGCUGCUUGACGGUGAAUGGGAAAUGCCUCGUCGUCCUCGGACUUAAAUUGUUAUUGCUCGUACCUGCCGGAGUUCCGAUCAGAAGCGGCGAUUCGGUUUUAAAGGACAGCAUUACUGUGCGACAAGGGGACAGCGCCGUGUUAAAAUGCAGUGUGGACAGUAAAGUGUCAAGAGUGGCAUGGCUCAAUCGGACCACCAUUCUUUUUGCAGGGAAUGAGAAAUGGUCUCUGGACCCUCGGGUUUCUCUGUUGUACAAUACAGCAGUCACGGAAUACAGCAUCGAGAUCCAAAAUGUUGAUGUGCAUGAUGAGGGGCCCUAUGCAUGCUCCAUCAUCACAAAUAAGAAACCAAAAUCCACAAAAGUGCACCUCAUUGUUCAAGUUCCAGCCAGGAUCACCAAUAUAUCAAAGGACAUCACAGUAAAUGAAGGCAGCAAUGUCAAUCUCAUGUGCUUUGCAAUGGGCCGACCAGAAGCGAGCAUCACGUGGAGGCACCAUUCCCCAAGAGGCACUCAUACAUUUGUCACAGAAGGAGAGCACCUGGAAAUGGCUGCCAUCACCAAAGAUCAGUCUGGAUCAUACGAAUGCAUUGCAUCCAACGAUAUCUCAGCCCCUGAUGUCAGGACAGUGCAGGUUGCAGUCAAUUAUCCUCCCUUAAUUUCUAAGGCACGGGGAACAGGUACUGCAGUUGGACAAAAAGGAGUCCUUCAAUGUGAAGCCACUGCUGUCCCUCGAGCCGAUUUUGAAUGGUACAAAGAAGAUCGCAGGCUUUUCAAUGGAAUAAAUGGAAUUAAGAUAGAGAACCAAGGAAAACAGUCGAUGCUCAUCUUUUUCAAUGUUUCGGAAGAAGACUAUGGGAACUACACGUGUGUUGCUGUGAACACUAUGGGCAUUACAAAUGCCAGCAUAAAUCUUUAUGGACCGGGCGCAAUGCAUGAUGUCAAUGGAGCAGCUGGUUUGCCCCAAUUCUCCUUGUGCUCCUUGCUGGUGAUGACCGCGCACUACCUAUUGUUAACGUUCUGA